AUCAUUAACCCCCUUCCGCCCCCCACCCCCAACAGUAUUUUAAUGUGUACUUUACAAUGAUCCGCACUGACUACUUACACAAACAAGCCCAGGAAACGGACGACAAAGGCAAGUUUUUCCUUUCUGCAUCUGGGGCACCACUGGCCAAUCCUAUGGCAGAUGUUAAAUGGCUUUUCCAAACUUAAGUGUUUUGUCACUGACAUACAUAAACAGCUGACUGUUCAUUUCACGUGUCUCAUACAUGUUGCUAUUGCACACAGUUAUAAACACCUGCAGAAACAGGUGCAGGAGCUCCAUACUUGUGGUGAGAGCAGUACUGCUGCAUCUACCGAAGAACAUGGAACACUUACCCAGGAGGGCACAUCUGCCCAGGCCAUAUGUGCAUCAGUGUUUAAACUAAGAUACUGGGAUGCCUUUAGGGACAAAUUCCCCGUUACAGUAAAUGGGAAUGCUCCCACCAAGCAACAGGCAACAGAGGCGGGGUUUGAAAACUAUCGUAGUUAUUACCACAAAUGGAGGGAUGUUCAGUACCAGCUGCGUCUAAGAUAUGUGCUGGAUCAGUCAGUGGAUAGGAAGGGUACCAAACCUCAGGAGUCUAAAAUCAUCGAUGCACAGGUUGACUGGACCACCAAUAAGCCAACAGUGGCUGACGUGCAACAAGCUUGGGCCCCUCCAGUCUCUACAGGACACAGCAUCGAAAAUGACACGUCCAUCAUCAAGUCUAUCAUAGAUCAGAAGUGGAAAGGGCUGGCUAUCAAGCAGUUUGAAAUAAAAGGCAAAGGAGUGAUCACAACCAUGCCUUUUUCCAGUUAA